GACGUUUCAGGCCUACCUGGAUGAUUGUCACCGGAGGUAUAGCUGUGCCCACUGCCGCGCUCACCUGGCCAACCACGACGACCUCAUCUCCAAGUCCUUCCAGGGCAGUCAGGGGCGUGCCUAUCUCUUCAACUCUGUGAACAGGCCUUUGAGAGCAGCCAGAAGUACAAAGAGGGGAAGUACAUCAUUGAACUCAACCACAUGAUCAAAGACAACGGCUGGGACUGACCCCUGCCUCUGCCGCAUGUGGCUCCAGCCCGGCCUGGCCGCCAGGGGGCGCCACUGGCUUCCCUCCACACGAAGGGAGCUCUGGACCUUCAAGGCCUCUGCAGAGGAAGGAUCCAGCUCCUGUACAUAUAUUUUAUUGCAUGCACUGUGACCUUGGGGGGGGGGAGCUCAGAAGGUGGACGACGCCCCCGCACCUCCCCGCGAUCUGGCUGGCUUGGAUCUCGUUUUUAACCCCUUCCUGCCCCGCCUGCCCUAUAGAUAUGGCCUACGUGCUGCUCUCUUCGCCCCAGUGCACCAUCUGCCCUGUGAACUUCUUCUCCCACUGGGCCCCUCUUACCCCAGGCGCGUCUGCUCCCCUUGUUCUGUAGCGUUUGUACAUAAUAAAACAAUGGAGUGGAGACAGCCCAGGCUCAUGUGGAAUCCGGGAAAGUGGGUCUCCAUGCAGAUUCCUGCCUCUAUAGACCUGUUCCUUUCUGAGCCCCGACGGGGCCGGGGGUAGGUACGGCGGUCAAAGCUGGGAGCCUGUAUUCCUGGGGCCUGGCUUCAGCCAUCUUCUCUAGGACCCAGGAUGGGUCUUACUGCCGGUAGAGAUUCCCGCGCUCACUCUGGGCUCCCUAGGCCUUGACCUCGGCUGAUCUGCGUCUUCUCGGCCUUAGCGUUUUGCCGCCGCCUGGGGGCAGCUCUCCUGCGAGACCACCGCACCGCCAGUUUCACCGCCCCUCUCGUCUCAACUACAACUUCCAGCGGCCCCAGCGGCAACUGUCUGUCUCCUCCGCGCCGAGCCUCGGCGCUGGGCCUGCUGGGAAGUGUAGUUCCGAGGGCGCCUCAGCGCGGGACCUUCUGGGAAACCCAGGCGCCAGAGACUGUCGAGCUGUGGGCGCCUCUAAACUUUUGAGACUUGGCCGAGGGUGAAGGUUUUUCAGAAUAGGAAGCAGGAAAGACUGCAGGGUUUAGGCCUCAGUUGCGGACUCCUCGAGGUCCCCACUGCCCGCGUAACAAGCUCAGGCCGCGUCCCUCCAGCUCUGCUCUUUCCCUCCCUCCAGUCAUGCUUAGUCCCUCCAGCCCUGUCCUCCAAGUGAAGGGAGGUCACCUGCCAGAAAAGUCUGGGGGCCAAGAUCUGUCCCAGGACUCCAGGCUCCAUCCCAGGGUCCAGGUCCCGCCCCUCAGUAGCUUAUCCCUAGCCGGGGCUCCCCCCGUGGGAACGGGGACCAGCUGGCCGGAAGCGCCAAACUGCAUCCCUGUCCGAGCCCGGGGGAUCAAUCAGGCCGAGGAGUUAAUUAUGUAAUGAGGGGGCAGGGGGUCGGGGCUAAUGAAGCCUGGGGGGAGGAGGGGAGAGGGGAGGGUACCCAGGUAUCCGGCCCCCUCUUGGACCCCUUCCAGGCCCCAGGGGUCUCCACCCCAGCCCAACUCCAGGGCCCCAAAGAGGGGAGGGGCUGUGAUCCUGGGUCUGGAAGAGGCUGAGCUGUGAGCUAUAAAGGGGGCAUCACUCAGCACUGGGGGACUCCAGGCAGCGUGAUCUGAAGCCAAACAGGACUACUCCAUGUACCAUCCACGGGAAUUGUACCCCUCCCUGGGGACUGGCUACCGCCUUGGGCCCCCUCAGCCUGGGGCAGAUUCCAACUUCCCACCCGCCCUGGCAGAGGGCUACCACUACCCCGAUCUGGACAUUCCUAAACUGGAUUGCUUCCUCUCCGGGAUUGAGGCUGCUCCCCGCACCCUGGCUGCUCCUCCACCUCUGCCCCCAGCCCUGGGCACUGAGCCAGCCCCACCAGCCCCAGAGGCCCUUCAUUCACUCCCUGGCGUCAGCCUGAGCCUGGAGAACCGGGAGCUGUGGAAAGAGUUCAACUCCGUGGGAACAGAGAUGAUCAUCACCAAAGCUGGGAGGCGCAUGUUUCCUGCUUGCCGGGUAUCUGUCACCGGCCUGGACCCCGAGGCCCGCUACCUGUUUCUUCUCGAUGUGAUUCCAGUGGAUGGGGCUCGCUACCGCUGGCAGGGCCGGCGCUGGGAGCCCAGCGGCAAGGCGGAGCCCCGCCUGCCUGACCGUGUCUACAUUCAUCCUGACUCUCCUGCCACUGGUGCCCACUGGAUGCGGCAACCUGUGUCUUUCCAUCGUGUCAAGCUCACCAACAGCACACUGGACCCCCAUGGCCAUCUGAUCUUGCACUCCAUGCACAAGUAUCAGCCCCGUGUACACUUGGUGCGGGCCGCCCAGCUUUGCAGCCAACACUGGGGGGGCGUUGCCUCCUUCCGCUUCCCUGAAACCAUGUUCAUCUCCGUGACAGCCUACCAGAACCCACGGAUCACACAACUGAAGAUUGCGGCCAACCCCUUCGCCAAGGGCUUCCGGGAGAACGGCAGAAACUGUAAGAGGGAGCGAGACGCCCGUGUGAAGAGGAAACUACGGGGCCCAGAGCCAGUAGCCACAGAGGCCUAUGGGAGUGGAGAUGCUCCAGGUGGUCCCUGUGAUUCCACAUUGGGUGGGGAUACUCGUGAGUCAGAUCCAGAGCAGGCCCCAGCCCCUGGGGAAGCUGCCCCUGCCUCAGCUCCUCCAUGUGGUGGCCCCAGUGCUGAGGCCUACCUUCUGCACCCUGCAGCUUUCCAUGGGGCCCCUGGUCACCUUCCAACCAGGAACCCCAGCUUCCCUGAGGCUCCAGACUCUGGGCACCCAGCCCCCUACUCAGCUGCAUUCCUGGAGCUGCAGCCCGGGCCAGGGGCCUCAGGAUACCCAGGAGCUCCCCCAGCACCCUUUGCCUCGCAUUUCCUCCAAGGGGGCCCCUUCCCCCUACCUUACCCUGGACCUGGGGCUUACCUCGACGUAGGCUCCAAACCAAUGUACUGAGCUAUUGCGAGGCCCCUCUGCCUCCCUCCUUGUCUUCCAUUACAAACCUCCAGUUCCCUUCCCCCAGGCCUAUAGCCCCACUUCCACUGGCCCCAUCCCCCACACCAAAUGGCUGCGUUGGGCCUCUCCUCUCCACUUCACACUUUGAUUUCACUCCCACCCCCCUCUGGCUUCAAAGCUCUGGCUAAGCUGCCGAGAGUCCAGCUGGGGCCAGCUUCCCCUUCCCAGCUCUCACCUCUCACCUCCGUGUGAAUGGAGGGAGGCUCUGCCUAGCCAAAUGGGCGUCGGACCAGCACUCCCACCUCCCGGGCCUCACCCUUGGGCUCCUCACCCUGUCUCUUCUCAUCACCAGAGUAUUUUUGUUAAUAAAACUCUAAAGACACUGGUGCUCUGGAAACAUUGGGCUAAUGG